AUGACAGUCACCACCAAGGCAGUCACCCCCAAAGGCGGUCACCACCAAAGCAGUCCCACUGGGCAGUCACCCCCAAGGAUCACCCCCAAAGGCCCAGCACCACAUAGGCAGUACCAAAAGGGAAGUCCCCACAAAGGAGUCACCCCCCAAGGCGGUCCCCACAAAGGCAGUCACCACAAGGCAGUCACAAAGGCAGUCACCACCAAGGCAGCACCAAUAGGCAUCAUCAAAAAGGGCAGUCCCACCAGGGCAGGUUACCACCAAAGCAGCACCACCAAGGUAGCACAACAUAGGCAGCCCCCCAAGGAGUCACCCUUGGAAAGUCACCACCAAGGCAGUUACCCCCACGGUAGUCCCCACAAAGGCAGUCACCACAUAGGCAGUCCCCACCACAUAGGCAGUCCCCACCUAGGCAGUCCCCACAUGGCAGUCCCCACUUUGGCAGCCCCACCCGGGCAGUACCCCCAGGGGGGGUCACCAAAAAGGGCAGUCCCCAAAUUUGGGCAGUCCCCCCAAGGCAGUUACCCCACGGUGUCACCACCACGGACACCAAAGCAGUCCCCACAUAGGCAGUCACCAAUAGGCACCCACAAGGCAGUCCCCCACAUAGGCAGUCAACAAAGGCAGUCCCCACAAAGGCAGUCACCCCAAGGCAUUUACCCCAACGGAGUACCACACGGUGCACACAUAGGUCACCACCACGGUAGUCACCACCACGGUAGUCACCACAUAGGCAGUCACCAAAAAAGGCAGUCACCCCACGGGCAGUCACCCCAGGCAGUCCCCAAAAAUGAUCACCACACGGAAGUCCCCACCACUUUAGUCACCACAAGGCAGUCCUACCACGGCAGUCCCCACAUAGUCUUUCCCACCAGGCAGUCACCACCGGGCAUCCCCAUCAGGGCAGUCCCCAAGGCAUCCCCACCAAGGCACACACCCGGCACACCCCCAGGAGUCACCACCAAGGUAGUCCCCACCAAGGCAUCCCCAUCACGGCAGUCACCACCAAGGCAUCACCAUCACGGCGUCACCCCCAAGGCAGUCACCACCAAAGUAGUCCCACCAAGGCAGUCACCACACGGCAGUCACCCCAAAGGUAGUCACCACCAAGGCAGCCCCAUACGGCAGUCACCCCCCAAAGGCAGUCCCACCAAAGGUCACCCCCAAAGGAGCACCCCCCAAGGCAGCACAUCAGGGCAGUACACCGGGCAGUCCCCACCAAAGCAGUCACCCAAGGUAGUCACCCCCAAGGCAGUCACCAUCCCGGCAGUCCCCACCAAGGCAGUCACCUCAUGGCAGUCACCCAUGGGAGUCCCCACCAAGGUAGCCCCCCAAGGCGCACCAUCAGGGGGCAGUCACCCCCCAAGGGCAGUCCCAUCAGGGCAGUCCCCAAUAGGCAGUCACCCCCAAGGGUCGGCUAUUUUUAAGGGUGUUGAAAAACCAAGGAUGUGGGAGAUCCGGGAAACCUUUUGUAGUUGGGCUGCAAUGCAGCUGGUGGGGGAAAUUGUUCUGAAAUUUUUCCUGGGGGGAACAUCCUUCCCAGGUUUAGGGCAGGAAUGUUUAUGA